GUAAGAUGGCAGCGGACGGACAGUGCUCGCUCCCCGCUUCAUGGCGGCCGGUGACCCUCACCCACGUCGAAUAUCCUGCAGGUGAUCUUUCUGGCCACCUCCUUGCAUACCUGAGCCUCAGCCCCAUCUUCGUUAUUGUUGGCUUUGUGACACUCAUCAUAUUCAAGCGAGAACUUCACACUAUUUCUUUCCUGGGGGGCCUGGUACUCAACGAGGGGGUCAACUGGCUAAUAAAGCACAUUAUCCAGGAGCCCCGGCCCUGUGGAGAUACCCACUCCAUGGUGAAUACCAAAUAUGGGAUGCCUUCCAGCCAUUCCCAGUUUAUGUGGUUCUUCUCAGUCUACUCCUUCCUUUUCCUUUAUUUAAGAAUGCAUCAAACAAACAACGCCAGGUUUUUGGACUUGUUAUGGAGACACGUGCUCUCUCUGGGCCUUGUGACAGUAGCCUUUCUCGUCUCAUAUAGUAGAGUGUAUUUGUUGUACCACACCUGGAGCCAGGUUCUCUAUGGAGGUGUUGCAGGAAGCAUCAUGGCUGUUGCGUGGUUUGCCUUCACACAGGAGAUCCUCACUCCACUGUUCCCCAGGAUAGCAGCCUGGCCCAUCUCUGAGUUCUUCUUAAUUCGAGAUACAAGCCUCAUCCCCAAUGUCCUGUGGUUUGAAUACACAGUCACCAGAGCAGAGGCCAGAAACAGACAGCGAAAGUUGGGUACAAAGCUGCAGUGAGAGUGCUUGGGCGUGGCUGGGCCAGCCCCACAGAUCUGACUGGUAGGAUGCUGCCACGGAGACCUCGACAGACCCAAGUCACCACAUGAAGCCUUUUUCUUUUUCUUUUUCUUUUUUUUUAAUCAACAAGAGGGACCAAAGGCCAGACUGGGGCCUUCAGCAGGGAUCCAGAGGCCUGGGUGUUGGCUUGGGUGGCUUGCCAGGUGUCCCCACUGCCUAUGGGACCAGGAUGCAAAUGGACCUUGCCCAUACUACCACUGCACACUGAGAGACAGAAUGUACUCUAACAUUGGAGGCCAGAGGAAGGGGUUGAGGGUGGGAUGAUAGAGGAGAAAGAAGAAAGCUUUCAUCUGAGAGCUUGAGACAGAGUGAGUGGGGAAAAAUCGAACAGCCAAUUAUUUGCGUGGAGUUUAGGUGGUAUGAAAUAUACAUGCUAUUUAUUAUUUUUUUCUAAGAUUAAUUUGAUUUUUGAGGUGGGAGCUAGGGCUGGAGAAAUGCCUUUCUGAAGAGGAAACCAUUGAGGAGAGUUGGUUUCUCAGUGGCACAGGAAGAGUCUUAAACUCCAGACCAUUUGGAUGACAUCAGUUCCAUCUAUCUGCACUUUGUAUGGAAGAAACAAAGCUUGAUGGACAUUUUGCUUUGAACACUAGGAAGCAGCCUACCUCUCCUCUUAGCAUGGUUGUGGAACAUGGGGGCUUAUGGCAGAACAUCUGGGGAAAUCAUCCCUUUCUGAUUCCUAUCUUCUCUCUGCUGAUAAUAGCCUAUUAUGGUGGAUGCUGUUUCUGAGUAUUGUUCCCUGUAACACAGCUAUUUCCAUGUUUGGGAGAAUGAUAACUUAGAGAAACAGUGCUUCAUUGGUCUGGUUAUGACAUUUCUUGACAGCAGUGAUCUCAUCCAAGAGCCUUCUCUGAUCCCUGGCCGUGCAAUGGGUUGUACCUUCUAUAAUGAAAGAACUUUUUAAAAAUGUUAUUUACAUUGUAGAUGGGAAACCUGAGCUGUUUUACAGUUGUCUUUUUGUCUUGCCAUCAGGUAGCAAUUGCUUUUUAAUUCCUUUCACCUCUUCCCACUUCUAGUGUCCCAGACACUUCAGAUCCCCUACCUACCCACCCACCCACCCACUCAAAACAAAAAGGAAAGAACCUUGAAUUGAGCUAGGCGUGUGUGCCUGCAACCACUCUUCUUCCCCUGCUGGGCUCAGAUACUUGUCUUUCCUUGAGGCUUCACUCCAAAGGAGUGAGUGAAGUCUCAGCCCGUUCACGGGGGGCUACUACAGACUGGAAAUAUGUUAGCUGGCAAUAUGUUUGAUCAGACCAGGUCUCAUGCUGGACAGAAGAACUUGGAUGUCUUGAGGAAGUUGUCAUAAGGGUUAUUUUACUUGUAUGUGGGUCUCUUGUUUUAAAGUUGCUUUUAAAUGGAAUCAUUGAGGGGAAGAUAUGUCUAAACCCCAAGAAAUAUCUAGAAUUGAACUGGACAGUUUGGGACAUUUUCAAAUCACUGAAGAAAAAAAAUUGGUUUCCUGAGCUGCUGCUGCUGAAGCACGCCUUGGUGGUGCUUUUCUUUUCUCUUUUGCAAAGACAGUAUCCCCAAACCAUUCCAGAUGUCAGGAAAAUGGGCUUAUUUCCAGGGAAGUUAGGUCAGUCCCCAUAUUCCUCUCUCCUUCCCAUUUUAUUUUUUGGCCAGAGAUAAGCCAGAUGUCAGGUGGUUUGGAUUAAGACGAUAAAUAAAAUUGUUUACUAUUGUUUUAAAAUAAAA